AUGCCGGUCACAGAAUUUGCUAUUAUUCACUUCAAGCAUGAUAAGUGGGAAGAAGCGAGUCACCGAGCACCUCCUCCCCAAGCACCUUCCAUUGCACCCAGCCUCGAAAUUCCGAGCAACGUUCUCACCAAAUUGUCCACCGCGCGCGAAUACCUGCAACGUGCUUCAGGACACACAUUCCGCUUCUUCCAGCAAUUCGAGGACCCAUUCACUAUUCAUAUUAUUGGCAAAUGGGAUUCCACCGAAUCGCACACUGCUUUUCUUAGUUCGGCUGAGAAUCAGUACUUGCUGGAGCUGAUGAGAGAGCACAUUUCAUCUGGUGAGGGAAACACGGGCAUCCAAAUGUGGCAUUUGGAUGUCGACGUAUUCGACUAUCCAAGCCUAAAAGAUUCCUGGUUGUCAAGCGCCACACUGGUGGCCUACCAGCGAUACACCAUUUCGACCCAAGGCAGUGCUGAUCAUUCCCAAGGCUUUGACGACAUGAUCGCGAGAAUGAGGAUUGACAGAUCCGCUGCAGGCGGGUGGAGGAUCGAGAAGGAGGCUGAGGAUGACGAGUGGAUGGUUUUCUUCGACUUUAAAGUUAAAGACGACGAAAAGGUGACCCAGGGGCUGGGAGGUAUGGAGCUGGCUACCCCUGUGGAUGAACUUCACAUGGUGGCAAUUGAAAGGCUGUGA